AUGUUGGGGAAUAGCGAAUCUAUAGCUGGUGGUGAGACAGCACCUCCUGCAGAGACCUGUGUGUGGUACAGAAAACUUAAAAUGCAAUAUCCAUCCAGUGUGCAAACACUGUGUGAGUUUAAGACAUGCUUGCGUCUGCAAGGUCUGAAUCAAAAAGCCAGGAAACGUGUUGAUCAAAUCUGUAAUACCGUUGACAAGAACAAAGAUGGAUGUAUUUCUGCUGUAAAUCUAGUAGUUCAAGGAAAAAUGAAGCAAAUUCUCCAUGAUGCAGAUGGAAAUGGUUCUAUUGACAAAAGGGAACUACUGAACAUCUUCGUGGCACUACAAGCCCUCAAUGGCCAGCAAACUCUGAAUCUUGAAGAAUUUACCAACUUGGUAUUCCAUAAGAUCGAUACAAACGAUGACGGAGAAUUGACUUUAGAAGAAUUUAUCAAUGGCAUGGAAAAAGAAUACCAUCUUCUGGAGGUUGUUUCCAAGAGUUUCGACCUUUCCAAUGUACUGAAAGUAAUCUGUGUUGGGAAACAGCCAGACAGACAUAGGAGAGAGGCUUCUUCCAAACCAUCUGACAAGGCUUGUCUAGGGAAGGUGAAAAUGAAGUGGCUAUGGGAACGCCUUAGCCAGCCUUCAGUGGAUACAAAUCUUUCAGUGGAGAAGAAAUGUGAUUUUCUGUACAUACAUGCUAUUGAUUUCAGGUUUUUAUUAUCAUUGGUAUCCGCUUAUGAAUGA